AAGUGAGCACAAGCCUGGUGAGGGCGACAGCUGCUCGCGUGGAGGCCGACUUUACUAUAUAUGGGCAAAGCCAAGCAUACCGAGAGCGGCGUUUGCUUCCGUGUUUGUGGGAUUAGGAGAGUCUAGACCCAGCGGUGACAGGGACUCGAGGAUAGGGGAGGCUCACUGUUCCAUUCAUUCGAGGAAAUUACGACACAACUCGCCAACAUGGCAUACGAAUUGAAACAUGUCUUCGCCAGCCUCCCGCAGAUGGAGAGGGGAGUCGCCAAAAUCAUCGGUGGAGAUCCCAAAGGCAACAAUUUCUUGUACACCAACGGGAAGAGCGUCAUCAUCAGAAAUAUCGAUAACCCUGCCAUUGCUGAUAUCUACACGGAACAUCCCCAUCAAGUAAUUGUAGCCAAGUAUUCUCCCAGUGGCUUCUACAUUGCAUCUGGAGACGUUUCGGGUAAGAUUAGAAUCUGGGACACCACCCAGAAGGAGCACCUGCUGAAGUAUGAGUACCAACCCUUCGGAGGCAAAAUCAAGGACAUCGCCUGGACGGAGGACAGCAAGAGAAUUGCUGUGGUGGGAGAAGGCAGAGAGAAGUUCGGGGCUGUGUUUCUGUGGGACACUGGCUCCUCUGUGGGAGAAAUAGUUGGCCACAGCAAGAUCAUCAACACAGUGGAUAUUAAACAAACUCGCCCUUAUCGCUUGGCCACUGGCGGAGAUGACAGUUGCUGCGCCUAUUUCGAGGGUCCACCAUUCAAGUUCAAGUUCACUAUGAGCGACCACAGUCGGUUCGUCAACUGUGUACGCUUCUCUCCAGACGGGAACCGCUUUGUCUCAGCGGGGGCUGAUGGCGUGAUCAUUAUCUAUGAUGGCAAGACCGGUGAGAAAAUCGGUACCGUGGGAGGGGAAAAAGCUCAUGAAGGUGGAAUCUAUGCUGUAAGCUGGAGCCCAGACAGUUCCCAGCUGAUCUCGGCCUCCGGGGACAAGACGGUGAAGCUGUGGGACGUGGGCAGCAACACGGCGGUCACCACCUUCAACAUGGGCGCCGACGUCAUGGACCAGCAGCUGGGCUGCCUGUGGCAGAAGGACCACCUGCUCAGCAUCUCCCUGUCGGGCUACAUCAACUAUCUGGACAAGAACAACCCGGACCGCCCACUCCGCACCGUCAAGGGACACAGCAAAUCAAUUCAGUCUUUAACGGUUCACAAAAGUGAGGGGAGGAACUACAUCUAUUCUGGAAGCCAUGAUGGCCAUAUCAAUUACUGGGAUGCAGAAACCGGGGAGAAUGAUGACUUUUUGGGUAAAGGGCACACCAACUCCGUAGCCAAGAUGGCCGUGAACGAUUCCAAUCAACUCGUUACCUGCAGCAUGGACGACACGGUUCGCUACAUUGACGUGACCAAAAAGGAGUACAGUGCCUCUGAUCUCGUGAAGAUGGACGUCCAGCCUAAAUGUGUGUCUGUGUCCUCGGGUGGACUUGCCUUGGCAGUUUGCAUUGAUCAGCUGGUGCUGAUGAAGGACAAGAGGAAAGUCUUCACGCUGGACAACCUGGGCUACGAGCCGGAGGCGGGCGCUCUCCACCCCGGAGGCGGGACUGCCGCAGUGGGCGGAGCUGAUGGAAAGAUACGUUUAUACUCCAUUCAGGGAAGCACUCUCAAAGACGAUGGAAAGAUACUUGAGGCAAAGGGGCCAGUGACGGACAUGGCCUACUCUAACGAUGGAGCCUUCCUGGCUGUGUCGGAUGAGAAGAAAGUCAUCACAGUCUUCACCGUGGCGGACGAUUAUGCGGUGAAAAACGAUUUCUACGGGCAUCAUGCCAAGGUUGUAUGCCUGGCGUGGUCGCCUGACAACGAGCGUUUUGCUAGUGGUGGCAUGGACAUGAUGGUGUAUGUGUGGACAGUCAAUGAUGCAGACAAGAGAGUGAAGAUCCCAGACUCUCACCGGUUGCACCAUGUCAGUGGGAUAGCCUGGCUGGAUGAGCACACGAUAGUCACCACCUCCCAUGAUGCCAGCGUCAAGCAGUGGACUUUAAAAAACUGACCAUUUCAGAGCACUCCGGAUCAUCAGGGACUAGGACUACUGUAGAAGACAUACCCCUAUCUCCUCUGUCUUGUUCUUUCCUCCUUUCCCUCCCUCUUUCUCUCGCUCUCUCUCUCUGGUAAUGCCUUUUUUCUUUUCUGGUGUCUGUUGUCACCAGGACCCUGAUUUCUCACUGUCUGUCAUGGUAAGGGAAAAGCUCAUAGAUUACGAGACAACACCACCCACAGUCUUUUUCCUCUAUAAAGUGUACUUGGUCACUUAUUUGCACACACAAAAAAAAGAAAGAAAGCAGAUGCAAAAAGUCUAUGAAAUUAAACACUUAACAUCCUCUGAGCUUUCCAUGUUUUAAAAAAAGCCUAGACCGAUAAAACGAAACUUCUUGAGCUCAACAUUCCAGAGGCACCAGCCUUAUGCCUGUUUCAGUGGAAAUGCUUAUUUGUUCACUCAUGUUGCCAGCUAUGAUCAGUGGUCAGGAUCGUGUGGAGUGGGACUAUUGUUGCCUCUUGUUUGUCUGGCAGACAGACCAUGUUUGCGCCACUCAGAAUCCCCAUUUAAAUAAAUAAUAUCAUGAUGGAAGUUACGGGGAGCAAUAAUAGGAAAUAAAGUGAACAGAAAUGACAUGUUUUCAAGUCUUCAAUCGAAAUGCUGUGUGUUUGGAACUCCCAUGCAAUUUAUUUGGACUCAUUAUGUGUCACUUUUUUUAGUUUUUUUUUCUUUUUCUUUGGUUUUGUUGUGAUUUCUCAACCUAUUCCAGUUGGUGGAUGUAAUUCAUAAUAUAAUUAAUAAUAAAAAUGAACACUUUUUAUGCA